ACCAACCGCCUACGACCCUAGCGCAAUUACCUUAACAAUAACCCCAUGGUUUCACGUUAUGGGCCUGGUCGGAAACUUUUGCAGCUUCACCACAGGACGUACUAUAGUAUAUCUGCCUAAAUUCGACAUGCAGACAUACUUAAUGUGCAUCGAGAAAUAUAAGGUACCCCAACUAGCAGUGGUACCACCAAUACUAGUAGCUUUAUGUAAAUUGGACAUCAAGUUCGAUCUAAGCUCUGUAAAAACUAUCUAUUCUGGUGCUGCGCCCCUGCAUAAGGAUACUUUGGAAGUUUUGAAGACUAAGUUCCCUGCCACUCAAAUACUUCAAGGCUACGGGAUGACAGAGGUGACUUUAGCCGUAACAAGAGACACGAUGGAGACGGCCCACUUGGCCAAGCCUGGGGGGGUUGGUUUCAUUUGCGCUGGGACCAUCAUAAAGAUAGUCGACCCGGAAACAAGAAAGACUCUAGGUCCAAACCAGAGAGGUGAACUCUGCGUCCGUGGACCAUCGGUUAUGAAAGGAUAUAUCGGCAAGGAUACAAAAGACGACAUUGACAGUGAGGGGUUCUUCAAAACUGGUGACAUCGGAUACUAUGAUGAUGAUAAAUAUUUCUUUAUCGUUGAUCGGUUAAAGGAGUUAAUAAAAUACAAGGCGUAUCAGGUACCUCCAGCAGAAAUAGAAGCAUUGCUCCUCCAACAUCCAGGUGUAAAAGACGCUGGCGUCGUAGGCGUAGAGAACAAAGAAGCCGGCGAGGUGCCCCUUGCGUUUGUCGUAAAACAAUCUGACAGUGACGUAACUGAGGAUGAUGUUAAGAAAUUCGUUGCUGAGAGGGUUAGUAUGACAACUUAACAAGUGAUUAAUCAAUGUGUGCAGUACAGAAUAAGUAUUACGUUUUAAGUUAUUUGGCGUUAAUAUUAGAAAAUGUAAUUAAGUCUACAUAGCCGUAUUUGAAAAAUUACAAGCGUACAAGAAGUUCGUAUACGCAUCGAACAGACACGAAGUGCCUUCAUGAAAAUGAAAAAGAUUUUG